AUAUCCACCUCAAGGCAGGGUCUCUGUAAAAGGAAGAGCAACCAGUUGACAUGUGAACGUCGCCCGAUACAGACAUGUGGAAGGAAACCGUCGUCAUUUUUCUCAUUUCCGCUGCCGUGGUGCCUUUCCUCAACUUGUCCCCAGACCCUGAGGUGCCGACAUAUCCGGAGACUUACUGGGGUCCAGGAAAAGCACAGAAUGCUUCCGAGAAAAUUCAACGCUUCCGUUUCAAGGUCGCCAAGACGACGAUAGACGAUCUGAUGAACAGGCUGAAAAAUCACAGAAGUUUGGCGCCUCCUUUGGAAGGAGCGGCAUGGACCUACGGGAUCUCCAGCAAGUAUUUGGACACGAUUGUGAAGUUCUGGCAAGAGAAGUACAAUUGGUCCCAGCGCCUUGAGCUUCUCAACAAGUAUCCACAGUACACAACGAACAUACAAGGCUUGAACAUUCAUUUCUACCAUGUGAAGCCAGUGAUUCCGAAAGAUCGAAAGCUCAAGGUCUUUCCUUUGCUCAUGGUUCAUGGAUGGCCAGGAUCAAUUGUGGAAUUCCAAAAGAUCAUUCCUUUGCUGACAACUCCAAGAGAAGAUCAAGAUUUCGUCUUUGAACUUGUUCUUCCUUCCUUGCCAGGAUACGGAUUUUCGGAUCCAGCAGCUCGUCCUGGAAUGACUACCACAGCGAUGGCAGUCAUCUUCAAAAAUCUGAUGACAAGACUCGGAUUUGACAAGUUCUACGUGCAAGGUGGAGAUUGGGGUUCUGCUAUCACUGCCGAUUUGGCGAUUUUGUUCCCAGAAAGAGUUAUAGGAGUGCACUCAAACAUGUGCAUGAGCAUGGCGACCUCAGUGUAUAUUUGGACUGCAAUUGGAUCGUUUAUACCGUCUUUAGUGGUUGAUAAGGAUCACUAUUCAAGAAUGUAUCCUAUCAGCUAUCAUUGGUCGAGAGUCCUCGAGGAGUCGGGAUAUAUGCAUAUUCAGGCGUCAAAACCUGAUACCGUUGGUACCGCGUUAUCAGACUCGCCGAUUGGCUUGGCGGCCUACAUUUUGGAAAAAUUCAGCACUUGGACCAAUCCCGAUUACCGCUUCCGAGAUGAUGGUGGGCUUUUGGAAAAGUUCACGUUGGAAGAGCUUUUAGACAAUGUCAUGGUAUACUGGUUAUCAAAUUCCAUCGUAACCAGCAUGCGGCUGUAUUCUGAGAAUUUCCAAAAAGAUCACAUGAGCUCGAUAAUAACCAAACUACCCAUCAAAGUCCCAUCAGGCUGUGCAAUCUUCCCGCACGAAUUAUUAUAUCAACCGGAGUCUCUUAUCAAAUCGAGAUACCAGAAGCUCAUUCAUUUCAAUCACAUGCCUCGAGGUGGACACUUCGCCGCUUUCGAGGAACCUCAACUUCUCGCAGACGACAUUUGGAGUUUCAUCAAAAAGAGAGAAGACCUUCUGAAGAAAGAAAAAGAGCAGGCGGAAAAAAAGAAAUCCCCGUAAACGAGUCGAAGUUCACUUUUUCUCCAUCCGAAGCGAAUAAAGUCUACAUAUUUUUCCAUUUCGUUUUUUUUUUCUCAGGACCUAAGGUUCGGGGUUAUCUUGGUUUAUCGAGCUCGCAUCGGCUUAGAUUUUCAAAAAAUCCUCAUAAACAUUCAUCUCGCCACGUGAAAUACUUAAGGGAAGUAUUUCACGUAACAUCCAAAUGAAAUACCUAAUAAAUUACCCGACAAAGAUGGCGGGCCUGUAACCGCACUAUUUCAAAGUGGUCUAAGCACACGUCACUUGUGAAUAAACAUUUUCGUUAAAAAAAGAAGAAAAACAGGGAAUAAGGAAUAAUGGCAAGUAGGAGCAAACCAUUAAAAAGAUCUAGGCUUCAACAUUCCAGUUUUUCAUACAUUCCACGAAAGAUCUUAUAUUUUAAGCGUAUCAAAAUAGGAAUUACAUAAGCAUGAAGUCCCAUAUGCAUAUAAUUUACAUCAUGUAUGAAACUUGUAAAAUAAAAUACCUAGUAAUUUA